UCAACAUAAACCUGUUUUACAUCUUAAAGCAAGUCAAUUGUCUAACAUAUAAAUGCCAAAUAACAGAAGGUAUAGUUGCAAUGAUAUUCUAAAACUUCUGAUAAUUUUAUUAAAGAAUUAGGUCAAGUCGGAAGCAAUUGAAGAUUAGGAUGGCCGAUAUCGAAGCGACGUAUAAAUCUCUUAUUCAAUGUGCUAACGAGCGGAAAUGGGAAGACUUGGCAAAAUAUAUGAAUUCUCACUUCACCAAGGAUGGCCAAGACUCUACUCUUGAGAGUUACGCCACAUAUAUGAAAUCAACAGGCAAUUUCAAGGCCAAUAUUGAUUCGAUUACAGUUGACCGACAUUCUCAGCGUCUAGGCGCCACCGUCCUCGUGGACUUCAAAUUUUCAAAAGCAAACGAUGAGGGCACCAAAUCAGCUGGCAGAACCAUCUCUUUCUUGGAGCAACAAAUUAUUUGGUUCGUCGAGGGUAAAGUAGCCAAGGUGUUUAUAGUAGCAGACCGCGACGAGAUGCAUCGCCAUAUAUCAGACCCGAGUGUCACUUUCACACCAGACCUCAUCCGCGAGUAUAAGCUGCCAAGCGCUACUUCGGGCAUAAAGCUUUCCGCGAGCAAACUGGAGGACACGUAUAGGACGUACAUCCGAUGCAUUAACGCGCAAACAAUGGAGACGGAUCUGCGCAAUUUCUGUCAUUCCCAAGUGGUCCACAACACCAAGACCUUAACGGAAGAGGGUUACCGGCUUCUGAUACAGGAAGCGUUCACAGCGAUCCCCGAUAUCACUUUCGAUCUCCACACCGUAAUCGCGGACGAGGAGGCGCAGCGGGUCGCCGCGCGAAUAGAAUUCACGGGAAAACCGGUGGGAAUGCUAAUGGGCGCAAAACCUAACGGUCGUGCCGUCAACUUCUGCGAGCACGUCACCUACCAAUUCAUGGAUGGCAAAAUCGCUAGGGUAUGGAGUAUUGUGGACUGGCCGUCAUACCGCGCGCAACUACAACCGGAUCAGCAGUAAAAUGAUGAGAUGCAAAUACCUAAGACCGAUUUUAGGAGCAUGCGGUGGUAAAAUCAUCAAAGAAUAACAAAUAACAAAUAUAAAUAAAUAAAUAAAACGGGUAGUUGUAUGCAUAAAAAGUUUGGAAUGAUAUAAAAAUAUCUGCUGCUUCACCUGCCGCCAAGACGGUUCCGAGAUCCAUUUUGACUGUUUCGCAUGUGAAAACAGUUCUCCCCUGGCAGCCCUGGCUAAUGAACUACCGUCAGGAUCUCAGAGUGACGACAAUGGCGCCGGCUUCUGAAGUCUGGGCGACCCACAAUGCCACGCCCCGUGUUCAGCGUUGGAAGAGCUUGUUUAAGAGCUCUGAGUAAUGUAGAAUUGUAAUGCUUACUUACAAAGUACAGGGAGUCUGAUAAACUCAACUAUUGAUUUUAAGACCCAAGACAAGAAAGUCUUGGCUUGUUCAUCACUGAUUGCGCGUCGACACUAUUUCUUCUCCGCCAACAUUGGGCUGAUUUUUUAAUCUAGGCGCAAUCGCCACUGCGAAGGUGAACAACUUGGCAAGUUCGCAUUGCGUGGUCAAAUCAUGAAAAGGAAGAAAAAACAUAUAAUAAACAAUUCAUAUGAAACAUGAGCAUCUGAUACGCU